CAAGUACAACAUCAAUCCUACCGAGCCUUCCUUCCCUGACCUUACUUGAUCCUGCUUAAGCUCACCACUUACCACAUCAUGACUAUCAACCACAUCUUCCUGUGGGCAACCGCCAAAAACCUUCCCGCACUGCGCACCUUCUACGGCAAAGUCCUCGCCCCGGUCGGGUACCAAGAGCUGAUCUGCGCGUACAACAGCACGCUCAUCGGGUUCGGGAGCGACUACCCUUAUUUCUGGAUCAAGGCGUUGCCGGAGGGGAAAACCACGAUGCCUGUUCACGUGGCUUUUGAUGCGCCGAAUUGGGGGGCUGUUGAGGAGUUUCAUCGCCUUGCAUUAGAAAACGGAGCCAAGGAUAACGGUGGUCCUGGGGUUCGGGAGGAGAUGAGCCGGUAUCCCUACUACGCGGCGUUUGCGGUUGACAUGGAAGGGAACAAUGUGGAAGCUGUUUGUGCGCCGAGGGAGGCUCGGAAGAGAUAACUUCGAACAGGCUGCACCUGUUCAUAUGUAAACUACGUGGUGAUAGAAUCCAGG